AUGGCCGCAAACUGGCAUUCUUUUCUUCACCUUUUAUUCUCAUCCUUCCAUGUUUUUAUUCUGAAAACUUAUUCAAUCGAAUUCCAAAUAUCUAGGUUUACUACUGGCGAUCCAAACAUAGUUUACAGAGGACAAGCUAUCCCUCGUGUUGGAACAAUAGAAUUGAACAAUAACAUUGAUUACUUAUUCCAAGUUGGAUCAGCCAUAUACUCCAAAGAUGUUCUACUUUGGGAAUCAAGAUCAGGAAAACAAGCUGAUUUCAAAACACACUUCACCUUUGUUAUUGACACUCAAGGCAAUUCUCAACAUGCUGCUGGCCUUGCAUUCUUCCUUGCACCUUCUGGAUUCCAAAUACCACCAAACUCUGCCGGCGGCUUCCUAGGCCUAUACAACACAACCACUGCCGACUCGCUGCGCAAUCAGAUUGUUCAUGUUGAGUUUGACUCCUUCCCUAAUCUGGAUUGGGAUCCCAAAAUGGAGCAUGUGGGAAUCAAUGUUAAUUCAAUUUCUUCGGCAAACUACACUGCUUGGAAUGCUAGCAAGCAUAGUAAUGACAUUGCUGAUGCAUGGAUCACAUACAAUUCAACAAGCAAGAUUCUAAGUGUGUCAUGGAAAUACCAAACAACCUCUACCUCUCAAGAGAAUACUACUCUUUCUCAUCAAAUUGAUUUGAUGAAGGUCUUGCCUCAAUCGGUUACAAUUGGAUUUUCCGCGGCUACUAGUGAGUACACAGAACGACAUGUUAUUCAGUCUUGGGAGUUCAGUUCUAGUUUGGACGCAGAGCCUGGUAAAGGAAAGAAUUCGAACAAGACAUGGAAGGUGGUGGUUGGAUCAGUUGUUGCAGGAGCUGUUUUUAUUGUGGUAGUUAUUUCAACAUAUGUAAUAUUUAGAAGAUGGAAGAGCAAGAAAAAGGAUGCAAAAAUAGAGAGGGUGAGCUCUAUUAAUGAUGAUUUUGAAAGAGGAGCUGGACCAAGAAGGUUCUCUUAUGAAGAGAUUGUCUUUGCUACCAAUAAUUUUUCCCCAAACAGGAAGUUAGGCCAAGGUGGAUUUGGAGCAGUGUAUAGAGGCUACUUUGCUGAUCUAGAUUUGGUUGUUGCGGUUAAGAAGAUAUCAAGUGGAUCAAGACAAGGGAAAAGAGAGUAUGUAACUGAAGUCAAAGUCAUUAGCAGGUUAAGGCAUAGGAAUCUUGUACAACUCAUAGGUUGGUGCCAUGAUCAAGGUGAGUUCCUUCUUGUUUAUGAGUAUAUGCCAAAUGGUAGUCUUGAUUCCCAUUUGUUUGGGAAUAGGACUCCAUUAUCUUGGAACUUGAGGCACAAGAUAGCUCUUGGAUUGGCCUCUGCUAUUCUCUAUCUUCAUGAAGAAUGGGAACAAUGUGUUAUUCACAGAGAUAUCAAACCAAGCAAUGUGAUGUUGGAUUCUAGUUUCAAUGUCAAGCUUGGUGAUUUCGGCUUGGCUAAGCUCAUAGAUCAUGAGUUAGGGUCUCAGACAUCGGCUUUAGCCGGAACUAUUGGCUACAUGGCUCCAGAAUAUAUAAGCAGUCGUAGGGCAAGUAAGGAGUCAGAUGUGUAUGGCUUUGGAUUGGUUGCUUUAGAGAUUGCCACAGGAAAAAGGGUGUUUGACCUUGUAGAUAAUGAAGAGAGUCAAAAGGGGUUGGUUGAGUGGGUUUGGGAUCAUUAUGGAAGAGAAGAAUUGCAUAAGGUUGUGGAUGAGAGAGUAGGAAAGGAUUUUGAUGAGAAAGAAGUGAAGUAUAUGAUGAUUGUUGGAAUGUGGUGUUGUCAUCCUGAUAAGAAUAUGAGGCCAUCAAUAAGAGAAGCAAUUCAAGUGCUUAAUUUAGAAGGUCCAGUGCCACAGCUUCCAACAAAGAUGCCUGUUGCCAUUUAUUAUAUCCCUACAUCUUCUGUUAGCUCUGAUAAUGCAUCCAUUAGUGUUAGCUUCCAAUCAUCAGGUCGUUGACAUGGACCUAGUUAUACGCUGUGAAUGGGAAAAAAAAGUUCUAUUUAGAUUAUUUAGUGUGUAUGCGUGUUUG